CUCCCCGAGAUCCAAGACGAGCGACUCAGAUCCCGCCUCGCCCAACUUCGGGAGUCCUGCCGCAUCAGGCUCCAACGUACCGCAGCCGACGGGUUAGAAUACACCCAGGGCAUCUUCACGCGGGCAUCGGGGCGUGACUACGGCGACCCCGUCACCACGGAGGAUCUCGCGCGGGACUUUGCCCAUCUCAAGUUUCUGGUUCAGAAACUCGUCGGCAAGAUUCCCGCGGAUCGUAUGGAUGAGCUGGAGGUGAUGGUACCCAGCGUCAGGGAGGAGUUCAGGGAAAUGACGCGGCAUGUGAACGCGUAUUGGCGACCGGAUCGUGAGACGUUGGGGAGGUGGUUGCUGGAGGCGUUGGUGUGGAGGAGGCUGCAUAAGCUGAUGUUUGAUCGGACACGGUCGGAGUAUUUCGCUUUUGGACAUGGGAAGGAGAUGUUGAUGGAGUUUUGGGUUACUACUUUGACAGCAUGUGUAGAGGAAGACUUUCCAGAAGCCGUAUCAGGACUGUGCGAACUCCGGGCUCGUUUGGCGACGUUCUUGAAAGAAGUGUACGAGGAAGAAAGCCCGUCUCGGGUGGCGCGUGCUUUCGAAGAGGUCUUUUGCCAUGGUAUCCUCGAUUUCUUGAGGGAAAAGGAUCAAAAUGACAACCAGCGUACAGGCAGAUAUUUCCACGAAGAGAGGGCAGAGCGGGAGAGGGAAAUGCAGGAGCUGGCCGUGCAGAUCAUCGGCCACGCCAGCGACCUCAACUCGAGGAUGUUGCGAUCAUCGGGGAAUUGGGCGCUCAUAUACACGGAUCCUCGGCAUGAGGAGGAUACGUAUGGGUACUCCUUCUUGCCCGACAAGAUGCACUUGAGAGACCUUGAGGACGAGUAUGCGGUAAGGGAGAAUCCGACAGGAGAUCUGGGGGCCCUUCAACAAGAUGAGAUGGGUAAAGAGGUUCUUCUUGCCAUCACUCCGGGGCUGUGGGACUUCACUGAAUGGGCGCAUAUGGACCCCCAUUAUGCGGUCCCGCAUGUGAGGUCGGAGGUGUCGACUAUGGCUCUCCCGUCAGUGGUAGCUCGACCUUUCUUGUGUCGACCUUCCAACCUCCAGAAGAGUUGGGACGGCUUCCGCUCUCUUCGCCCAUAUGGUUACCAAUUCAACUCCAGCCAGCGGUCCUCACUCGGCCCUCUCCAACACGCCGGCAUUUCUCAGAAACGUUGGCGAGCAACACGCAGUCCGGCACAAUUCUCCCGAUAUACCACCCAGCUAUUCACCUCCCACGCGCCCGAACGAGUCGCGCGGUCAAUCACCCAAUGGCACCCACCCACCGACAAAGACAUGUGGGAACAGCCCGUCUUGAUCAUGGGCGCAGGCCACAUCGGCCGUCGGGUAGCUCUAGUAUGGGCAUCUGCGCUCCGUCCGGUGACGGUAUACGACAUCUCCAAAGACGCGCUCCGCUCCUCGAUCGAGUACAUCACCGACAACCUAGCCAAGUACUGCCUCAGCCACGGGACCCAUCCCGGCCCCGUGCACUUCACCACCGACCUCCGAGAGGCCACCACAGCAGGCAAGCGCGUCGGUCUGGACGGUCUGAAGUUGGAUUUCAGCGCGGCGCACGCUGAAUCUGAAUCCAAAUCAAGGAAGAAGGGACCGUGGAUGGUAAUCGAAUGUCUCCCCGAAAACCUCUCCCUCAAGAUCCGCGCCCUGGCCGAGAUCGAGCGCCUUCUCCCGGAGAACUGCAUCAUCGCCUCCAACAGCAGCAGCCUGAUGACUUCGGAGAUGGCGCCGCACCUGCAACACCCCGGUCGCCUGCUCAACACGCACUACUACAUCCCGCCGCGCAACGUCAUGGUGGAGGUGAUGUCUUCCUCGCACACGUACGAAGGGAUUUUCCCGUUCCUAACGCAGGAAAUGAAGAACAUGGGGUUGACGCCCAUGGUGGUGCCUCCCGGCGUGCAGUCGCAAGGGUUCAUGUUCAACCGCAUCUGGGCGGCGUGCAAGCGCGAGACGCUGGCGGUGUUGCAGGAAGGGGUCGGGCAGCCGGCGGAGAUUGAUGCCCUGUUUCGGGACUUCUUUCAUGCUGAGAAGGGGCCGUGUGAGCGCAUGGAUGAGGUUGGGUUAGAUAUUGUGGCUAAUGCUGAGAGCCAUUAUAUCCAGCAAAGGCCCCACAUUGCCGAGUCUGGCGAGAAGCCGCUGGAGUGGCUGAAGAAGACGUAUGUUGACCGUGGUGAUUUGGGCGAGAAGAGUGGUGAUGGCUUGUAUACGUGGGAGGAGCGGGAGGCGCUUAAGGCGAAGCACAAACGGGAGAAGUUCCCUGAGGUGGAGGAGGCGCUUGGGGCUUGA